AUGACAAAUCCCACGAGCCUUCGGAAUGGCACCGCAAAUGGCGCGGACAUCGGGAAAAAGCGAGGAUCGCAUCGCCGAUCUCAAUCCGUGGAGUCAGGCGCUCCCGUCCCAAUUGCUAUUUGCGGCAUGGGAAUGCGCCUACCGGGAGGGAUCCGCGACGAAGAGGCCCUGUACGACUUCCUCAUCGACCGCAAAGAUGCCCGCUCCGUGGUCCCUCGCGAUCGAUACAAUAUCGAAGCCUAUUUCAGCCCUCAUGACAAGCCCGGCACAGUGUCCACGAGGCAUGGCUACUUCCUCGACCUCGACUUGGGGUGUUUCGACCCCUCCACAUUCACCAUCACGGCUCCCGAGGCUGCGCAGCUGGACCCCAACCAGAGGCUAAUCCUGGAAGUGGUUCGAGAGGCUUUCGAAAGUGGCGGUGAGGCGGACUGGCGAGGAAAAAAGAUCGGAACCUACGUGGGACUGUUUGGCGAGGAUUGGCUGGACAUGCGCCGCAAAGAUCCUAGCUAUGCUAGCCCGUCUGAAUUGCUCGGCGCGCUGGAUUAUGCGAUCGCCAAUCGGAUUGCGUACGAGUAUGACCUGAAAGGACCGAGUAUGAUGGUGAAGACCGCCUGCUCAUCGGCUGGCGUGGCCCUGCACGAGGCGAUGCAGGAGAUUCAGCGAGGCAAUAUCCCGGCGGCGGUUGUUGCGGGCGCAAACUUGAUCUUCGCACCGGGGAUGACAGUUGCCAUGAGGGUCCAGUCCGCUCUGUCUCCGGAGGGGUCCUCGAAGUCCUUCGACGCCACCGCGGACGGGUAUGCGCGGGGUGAAGCCGUGACGGCGCUCUACAUCAAGCGCCUCGAUGAGGCGGUCCGGGACGGCAACGCGAUUCGCGGCAUCCUACGUGCUUCGGCCAGCAAUGCCGACGGCAGGACCCCCGGAUUCAGUGCCCCUAGCGCCGCUGCACACGAGGCCGCCAUUCGUGAAGCCUACUCUGUCGCGGGUCUGGACUUUUCCCAGACAGCGAUGGUUGAGGCGCAUGGCACAGGAACCGCUACGGGUGACCCGAUUGAGGCGAACGCAAUCGCCAAGUGUUUCGGGGGGGCCGGGGUGUAUCUGGGCGCGGUGAAACCAAAUCUGGGUCAUAGUGAAGGGGCGGCAGCUCUCACAAUCCCAUGGGAAGAAGCAAAGCUAGUGGUUCCAGUGAAGGCGUGCCCCUGGCCUAAGAAUCGUGCCGAGCGCAUCGGCGUGAACUCGUUUGGCAUAGGUGGAUCUAAUGUCCAUUUCAUCCUUGAUUCCGCUGCCUCGUUUGGCCUAGGCAUCUCAAAUCCCAUUCCGCUGCCAAUGGCUGUUCAGAAUCGGAAGAAAACGCUCUUGAUUUUCUCCGCCGGACACCCAGAAGCCGUCAAGGCAAUGACCAGAAACUCUCAAAACUAUCUCUCCAGAUUUCCUGAUCGGCUGGAAAUAAUUGCUCACAAUCUUUCUGAGGGACGAGAGCGCUUGAAAUACAGGACUUUUUGUGUGACUGAUGGUAGUCAGCCGCUGUCCGGGCCUACGCCGGCACUUUGCCAGAACUUGACCCGGCCGGCAUUUGUAUCUUUUACAGACGUUCUUUGCUACUCCGAUGAUAAAAUCGUCUUGAAGGCGGAAUAUUCCCAACCGAUCUGCACCGCCCUUCAGAUUGCACUGGUCGAUUUGUUAGCAUUCUGGGGCGUGAGGCCCUCGGCAGUGAUUGGGCAUUCUAGCGGUGAGAUUGCUGCCUCCUAUGCAGCAGGCGCUUUGACAAAGUCCGAAGCCAUUACUAUCGCGUUCUACCGCGGGCAUGUCUGCAAGGAUGCACCACAGAAAGGGGGCAUGGCAGCGGUCGGGUUGGGAAAGACACAGGUCGCUCAGUUCCUCCUUCCAGGAGUGAGCAUCGCUUGCGAGAACAGUCCCUCGAGUGUCACCUUGGCUGGGGAUAUAGACAUUCUGGACAAGGUGCUGGCUAAUAUCAAGGGGAAGGAUGAAGAAACUUUUAUUCGAACACUGCAAGUGGAGAUGGCUUAUCAUUCCGGCCACAUGCACCCGGUCGCAAAUCGAUACCACGACCUUAUCGUCGAUCGCCUUGAUCCUCGUGUGCCGACAGUCCCAUUCUACUCCAGCGUCUAUGGUGGAAAGGUCCUAUCGGAGGCAUCUCAUUUUCGCUCGCACUACUGGAAGGACAACCUUGAGAAUCCUAUUCUUUUUGACAGUGCUGUCAAGUCGAUGAUACGCGAUUUACCUCAUGUUGCCUUGGUAGAGAUCGGGCCGCAUUCGGCUCUUCGGGGCGCCCUGCGCCAGAUCAUGCAGUCGAUGUCCCGCUCAAUGGUCUACACAUCCACGUUGAAGCGAGGUGAGAGCGACACAGAGUCCUUUCUUUCAGCGAUCGGUCAGCUUUUUAUUGCAGGCGUGAACACCAGUAUUCUUUCCGAUCCUCUUCAUGCCGUGGUUUUGCCGGAUAUGCCUAAAUACCCAUGGCACUAUGAAAAGCGGUACUGGGCCGAGUCUCGGGUAAUGCACAACUGGCGGUUCCGGAGACACCUGCCACACGACUUGUUGGGCGUUCGAAUUCUGGAAGGGACAGACCUGGUCCCAACCUGGCGAAACAAUGUUCGGCUCUUGAACCUCCCUUGGUUGAGGGACCAUCGGGUUGGUAAAGAUGUUGUAUUUCCGGCUGCUGGUUACAUUGCAGUGGCCGGUGCCGCAGUUGCACAACUGGCUGACAGCGAUGUGCGGGACUAUACUGUGAGGGCGGUGGAUCUUCACCAGGCACUGAUUCUGCUGGAUGAGGUUGAUACUGAAAUUAUUACCACCCUUCGGCCUCAGCGGCUAACAUCGAGUCUGAGCAGCAGCUGGUACGAGUUCCAAAUCGAAUCGUACAAUGGAGAAGCUUGGAAGAAACACUGCUCUGGAUUGGUGCGAUCCGGCCGUGCAUCUGCGCCACCGGCAGCCAUCGAGAGGACACCGCAAGCACAGACCCUUGCCAGAAAAGUUUCAUCCGCACGGUGGUAUGAGACAGUUGCUCGCGUUGGACUGAACUAUGGUGCUCGUUUUAUGGGUCUCUGCAAUAUCACCGCGAGCGUGACUGAGAAGAAAUCAGCCGUGGAGGUCGAUGAUAAUCCUGGAAUGCCAUCCGAGUCGAACUACCCCCUCCACCCAGCAAGCUUAGAUCUAGCCUUGCAAGCAUGGAUGAGAGCCAUCGUUCAAGGAGACUACCGACUUUUCGACCACCUCCUGCUGCCCAAGUUCGUAGGCGAGGUAUAUGUUGGAAACGCGACCGGCCGGAAGAUGCACCUCUACUCCACAAACAGCGGUCCGGAUCUAUCAGGCGGCCAUUCGUACGGGGUCGGAGAUGAUGGCACUCUGCUCUUCUACAUGAAGGAUCCGGUUCUUACACGCUUUGAGCCGGAUCAGAACGCCCGGAACGAGCUCAUGGCGAUCACCAUGGAAUGGAAACCCGCGUUACAAUUCCUGGACAGUGGCGAAUUGACGCGGCCAGCCUACGAUACUCGAGAUCAACUUGCGCUAGCCGAGAGACUAUACGUUCCAUGUGCGUUGGAGUCUGACUUCGCUCUGCGGGGCGUAUCUACCCCACAGCAUCCGCAUCUGGAGAAAUACCGUCACUGGUUACAGCAGCAAUGUGCCCUUUUUGCCCAACCGGGCUACAUCUUGGUGGGGGAUUCAGUAGAUCUGGUUAAGAUGUCCUCUCCCGUGCGCCGGGCGAUAAUCCCAAAAGCCCUUGAAGAGUGUAUUGCACGUGGCUGUGGGAGUUAUGGAUUAGCUGUGUGGAAGACUUAUGACCAGAUCAUCAAUGUCUUCGAGGGGAGAGUGGACUUUCUGGACGUCAUGAUCCGAGACGGCACGUUGACGAGUGUAUAUGAUUGGAUGAACAAUGCGUUGGAUAUUUCCGAGUUCUUUCAGCUUCUCGGCCACAUGCAGCCUCAGAUGAGAGUCUUGGAGAUCGGGGCGGGCACGGGGGGCUUGACGGCCAAGGUUCUCUCCAAUCUGCGGUCGGCGUACGGUGAGCGGCUCUACCUCCAGUACACCUUUACCGAUAUCUCUUCAGGCUUCUUUUCGGCAGCUAGGAACCGGUUUCAAGAUUUCGAGGCUAUCGAGUAUAAAGUGCUGGAUAUCUCGCAGGAUCCGCUUGAGCAGGGUUUUCAGGGCGAGGUGUAUGACCUCAUUAUCGCUUCCAAUGUCCUACAUGCAACUCCCUGCUUGCAUGACACGCUUGUGCAUGUCAGAAACCUACUCAAACCGGAGGGACGGCUGUUUUUGCAGGAGCUUUCACCAGUAUUUCAGAGUAUGGCUUUCGUCAUGGGUCUUUUCGCGGGCUGGUGGCUUGGAGCCGAAGACGGCCGUGUCAAUGCGCCUUUCAUCUCCCCGGAAGAAUGGGACACCAGACUACGUGCGGCCGGUUUUGAUGGAUGCGAGACGGUUCGACUGGACAAUGAAAGGCCGUACCACAUCAAUGCCAAUAUCGUGGCUCGACCCGCGUCGGACUUUGUGUACCCCAAAACCAUGACCCUGCUUUCCGGGCCAUGUUGCAUUCACCCACUGGCUCUCCACGUGGGAAGCUUGCUCCAGCAACGAGGCUACCAGACCCAGCACCGGCAAGUGAGUGAUGUUGAACAGCAGCCUCUUCCGGAGCAGGAUUUGAUAUCCUUCCUGGACCUUGACCAUCCCUUCCUGCAAGACCCCAGCCAAGCGGACUGGGACCUUUUUCUGCAGAUGGUUCAGACGCUGCAACAAAGCUCAGUGCUUUGGUUGUCACCUCUGACGCAGAUGCAGGCACAGGAUCCGCAUGGAGCACUGAUUCUCGGAAUGACUCGGACCAUCCGCUCGGAGCUCGCGAUGCCUCUCGCCACUCUCGAACUAGAGUCUCAUGACAGUCUGGCAGCGGCAGAUGCCGUGGUGCGCGUCUUCAUGCAACUGCAACGUAGCAACGAGGCAGGGGCGGACGACCUGGAUCCUGACAUGGAAUUCUGCUGGGCGAACGGUGCGCUGCAUGUGGGACGGUAUCACUGGUACCCGGUAAAGGAGGCCUUGCAGAAACCAAUCACAGAGCCGGAAACCAAGGCUCUCAGGGUGAAGAAAAGAGGAUUGCUUCAGUCUCUGUAUUGGAGUGGGGGCACGCUGCCCGAGCUUGCAGCCGACCAGGUACAGAUUCGAACGCAAGCGGUGGGAAUGAACUACAAGGACGUGCUCAUUGCCAUGGGCGUGGUCGACGGUGGCUUGCCGAAUAUCGCUCUGGGAAAGGAGGGGGCGGGAUACGUCACCAAGGUCGGAGCAGAUGUCGGCCACCUACAAGUUGGAGACAGGGUGCUCUAUCUCAACAACACCACAUCCAGUCUGGCGACGGAGGCACAAACCUUGGGGCGCCUUACCGUGCGGAUCCCCGACACCCUCGGCUUCGAGGAUGCGGCGACCAUGCCGGCGGUCUACGUGACGGUGCUCAUUGCACUGGUCGAUAAGGCACGGCUCGAGAACGGGCAGUCCAUCCUCAUUCACGCGGCCGCGGGCGGCAUUGGCAUUGCGGCGAUCAACGUGGCUCGCUGGCUGGGGCUAGAGAUCUACUGCACGGUCGGCUCAGAGCCCAAGGCGGCUUUCUUAGUUCGCGAGCACGGAAUCCCCCGCGGUCGGAUUUUUCAUUCGCGCAAUGCCAGCUUCCAAGACGACAUCAUGGUCGCAACCAAUGGUAUAGGCGUUGACAGCGUGCUGAAUUAUCUCUCUGGCGAGUUGCUACACGCAUCGUGGGAGUGUGUCGCGGCGUGUGGCUGCAUGGUGGAGAUCGGGAAACGGGAUAUGCUCGGUCGGGGCCAGCUGGCUCUCGACCGGUUCGAGGAUAACCGCGCCUACAUUGGCCUCGACCUGGCGCUGUCGGUUGUCGCCGCCCCGGCGCAGGUUAGCAGGCAGAUGAAGCGCAUGCUGGACCUUUACGCCAAGGGCCAUAUUCGGCCCCUCCACCCAGUUACCUUCUACGAUGCCCACGAUGUUCAAGAAGCGUUUCGAUACAUGCAGACAGGCUCCCACAUUGGAAAGGUCGUCAUCCGGAUGUCAGAGGACACCAACCGUGCGCUACAAUGGCGGCCAGAGACUCCCAAGCCAAGCUUCCGCCAAGAUCGAGCGUAUCUUCUUGUUGGCGGUAUGGGAGGCCUGGGUAAGGCGAUUGACACGUGGAUGGUCACCCACGGUGCGAAGCACCUCAUCUUCCUGUCGCGCUCCGCGGGAGCGUCAGAAAAAGACCAGGAAUUCAUCCAUGAGCUGAGACUGAGGGGGUGCGCAGUCCAAGCUAUAGCCGGAGAUGUUGCCAAUUUCGACACCGUGCAGAACGUGAUCGACCAGGCGCCGAGGCCGAUUGCCGGAGUCAUGCAAAUGGCGAUGGUGCUCUGCGACGUGGGCAUCUUGGACAUGACCGUGGACGACUACCGCACCCCUCUGCGGCCCAAGGUGGACGGCACUUGGAAUCUUCACCGGGCGCUGGGUCCGUCCAACGCAGAUCUAGACUUCUUCGUGCUGUUUUCCUCGGUGGGUGGCCAGGUCGGAUACUGGGGGCAGGCCAACUACGCGGCAGCCAACACAUUCCUCGACGCGUUUGUGCAGUAUCGACAUGCGCAGGGGCUCCCGGCCUCGGUGCAGGACAUCGGCGCUAUCAAUGACGUGGGGUUCAUCAGCCAGAACCCUUCAGUGAGAAGCGCGAUGGAGGCGGGCUCCGCCCGGCUGUUCACAGAGCAGGACUUCCUCGACACGCUGCAACUAACCAUAGCUCGGUCAUCGGCCCGACCGCCGUACGAUGGCAGGCCGCCAGGCACCGCCGCGGGACUAGGACGGGUCUUCCACAACCCCAGCCAGGUGUCUCAAGUGAUGGAGUCCCGACUGCCCAUCACACACCCGGACAACCACAUCGUCUGGAAGCGCGACCCGCGAAUGGCCAUCUACCGCAACAUCGAGACGGUUGCCGCACAGGGCGAGGAUGCUACGGGUGGCGGCGGUGGUAGCAGCAGCAGCAGCAUGCUCAAAUCCUUUCUCGCGGAGAUCAGCACCGACCCGGCCCGACUCCAGCAGCCGGCGGCCGCGGAGUUCCUGGCCGGGGAGCUGCGCGACCGCGUGGCGGACUUCUUGAUGCGCAGGGCAGAGGACGGCGCGGAGCCGUUGGAUUUGGGCCUGUCGCUCACGGAAGUCGGGGUGGAUUCGCUGGUGGCCAUCGAGCUGCGCAACUGGUGGAAGCAGAACCUCGCGGUGGAGGUGUCGGCGUUGGAGUUGAAGAGUGGGGGCAGUAUAUUGGAGUUGGGGGAGUUGGCGGCGAGGAGGCUGCAGGAGAAGGUGUUGGGCAAUGGGCAAAGAUAAGAUGAUGCUUGUGCAGGACUUGUUGCGGUCCGGCAAUCUCAGAGAACAGGAUUAUGUCUUGAAUUUCCUCUGAUGAUCGAACUUGAUAUAUCUUUGCAUAUACGCCAUCCCUGUUCGAGCGCCAACCAUCUUUGUCC